AUGUCUGAUAAAAAAUUUACAGCUAUUCCCAUGGAACCUGAGAAGAAAGCAUUGGACGGAUUGGCCAAUUCUUCUGUUCCAGUCUUCAAUAAUUGUUGCAACAAUAACAGUAACAGUAAUUGUUGCAAUCCCGCAUUAGAAACUUCUCGUCGUGCUUUUCGAUGCGCAUUCAGAAAAGCGGUGUUCGGGCUUCUUGCAUUUGCUCUUAUUGGUCGUCUUUUUAUGAUUGGGUUGGGUGGACUUUUUUAUAAUUAUCCCAACAUGCCAGGUGAUAACCUCGACGACACCUUCUUCUACAUGCCUAUUUCCGAUGACAUUGUCCCAGAGAACGAUUUCAUUGACUACUCUGGAUCCAUCAAAAAUAAUAAACAAGAAGAUGCACAAUCACUAACCUGGGGAAAUCCUGAUUGUGUCGCGAGAAUCAAAUGGCAAGGAGCAAAAGAAAUUUUGCUUGAUCCCGAAGAAAUUUCUGGACUGCUUUAUAGUGUUAAGGGAGCAUCUUCGAAAGGAAGUGUUAUCAUUCGCCAAGAUCCUCUCGCGCAUGAUUACAUCAAUGUGACCAAUCGUAUUUAUCUUUCGGAAGACUCUCUUCAAUCUGAAGUUAAGGUCAAUACUCAAACCAAUGACGAAGACUUCUCUAUCGAAGUUAAGUCUCCAACAUUUGAUGGUCCUCGCCCAACACGAAAAUGUGUUCGUAUCGACACCGUGAUUACUUUGCCCUCGCGUGUCAAUCACUUCAGAUCGUUAGCUGUCGAUGUACCAAAUGCUUGGGUUACGGCCGAGGAUCUGAAUGAUGUCGAUUUUGCAUACUUGAAUCUCAAGACCACAAAUGGCCACGUUACUGUUGAUGAUGUCAAAGUUGAAUCAGCCGAUAUCGGAACUGUCAAUGGUCAUAUUAGUGGUGAUUUGGUAGUCAGCGAAAGCUUAGAGGUUAAAAACGCUAACGGUGUUCUCCAAGUAAAAGCUAGCCUUGACCCCUGGGCCGAAGAUGUAUCUAUUGUAGCAAGAUCAAUCAACGGUCAAAUUGAUAUUCGCGUGCGUGACAUCAAAGAAACUCAAACUGUCGAUUUCUACGCUAAAGCUAUAAACGGAGGUAUCGUUGCUGUCAUCGACGAUACAUUCGAGGGCGAUUUCUCUGCGACCACACUUCUCGGUUAUACCAGUGUCCAAGGACACGAUCUUCAUUUCAACAGAAAUUCACGAACCGGAAAGGUUGGAUUUAAAGGUGAUCAAGGAGGCGAGAAACUUUCGCAGGCAAAGUUGGAGACUGUUACUGGUUCUAUUGAAUUGUCGUUCCGUUAA